AUGAAUCAACCGUCAAGUGCAAUGAGCAGUUCACCAGGACUAAUAACACCGGACGAUCCUGAUAACGCCAUGACAGAACAUGUUAGUGUUUGUACUCCAAUUGGGCACGCGGGGCUUCCGCUACCGCAUGACUACUUCUAUGGCUCUAACUACGAGGCUCCCAAAAGUGCAACGCCCGAAACGCUUACUUUAGAUGUCAUCAAGUCAACCACAAGCUCAGCGUCAGAUUUGCCAAUUGAGAUUAAAGUUCAGGUGGCCAGUCUGCUGUCACAAUACGACUUGGUGAACCUGGCAAGAACUUCAAGACUAUUUCGUGCAGUGGCUACCCAGGCACUUUAUUCCAAGAUAAAAGUCGACUCACAACAUUCGUAUCUGCACGACGCACACCAAACGCUGAACGACCGUGUGACAUACGUUAAAACACGCUUCAGUUUGACCCGGCUGCUGCGGUUGAUAUCUGAAAGUGGCUCAAAUGGCGAAAAUUUGGGUAAUUUGGUUCAGUGUCUUGAGAUCGUCAACCUGCCCGAUGGUAUGAGGAAAUCUGAAAUACGGGCGCUGAUAAGCAGCUGCUUGCCGACCAUGACAAGGCUAUGCAAGUUCUACUGCGGGAGCAAUACUAUCUCGCUACCGCCGCGGUUACUACAGCUAAUGCCGAACAAACACAAUGUGCAGACAUUGGCCGUCAACGUAGAUUUACGACAAGACUUGGGGUCGGUCGAUAUUGAUACUUUUGCCAAUGUGCAAAAAUUGUCGAUCAGCCCGUUUGUAGACUCCGAACGGCUUGCGGCUUUUUUAUCGAAGAUUCUAGUGCCUACGGUGAUUGACAAUCUGAAAGUCCUGCGGUUGGCGCGGGAGGAUGCUUCUGCACUCAGCAGGCCCAGAAACAGGUCCUUGAUCGUCACAGCGUUCAUGCUGAACAACAAUUUGGACCAGCCCGACAUAACAGAGGGCGAUGAAGUGGUCAGAAACAAUGACACAGACCUGAACUUCUGGCAGUUCUUGGAGAGUGUGCCGAUGCAAGGCCGGAAAUUUCAGACAUUGGAAAUGCUGGAAAUCUCAGGCGUGAGUGUGGUACCUGAGGACAGCAAGCGGGUUGCAAAAAGGCUCAAUCUGGGGGCGCUGAAAUUUCUGGCUUUAAGCGAUCUGCAGGAGGUACAAGUUGUCCGCGAGGUAGAUUACGAGGUUACGGACUUUACAAGCCUAGCAUUGGAGCACAUGCAGUCGGGGUUUCUGACUGGGUUGGCUCCCUUUUUGCAAAACCUGCAGAGGCUACAUUUGGAUUUUCGAGAACCGGUUAAGGACUCCGUGCACGACUUUCUGCGCAGUCUGAAAGAGGACGCCGGUGUUUCGCUGCAAGAGCUGGAUCUGUCGAUCCACUGGGACGACAGCAAACUGGCGCUCUGGCCCAGCUGGGACGUGCUGGCUCGCAAAUACAUGGCUUCCGUUCUUUUGCACGCAGGGACUUUACGAAAACUCUCGAUGCUGGCGUACCACGACCACCGGUUCUACGAGCUGCCGAAGCAAAUCCCGGGCGAGACGCUUUGCCAGCUGCAGCAGUGCCGUGUUUUGAGAAGCCUGCGUCUUCAUGGCGAGUCUCUGCAUCCCGUUGGGGCGAGCCUAGUGGGCCUAUUUGACGGUCUUGAGACGCUGGACCUGGUAGGCAAGGCCUCUGGAGGCCCACAGCACAUGGGCCUGCAGGUCGUGCAUGCCGGCGUGCUAGACAGCUGGUACCGCGUGAUCCAUGUUGCCAUUGCCCUUUCACGAGCCAAUCCUGCACUCAGGCGAGUACGCAUCGACCAUUGUGUAUUCGAGUGUUUACCGGAUGGCACCGUAAGUCCGCAGACCGAUUGUGAGGACUUUAGCGCGGUCACGAGCGUGCUUAUGUCAGCGUCCGACUGGUGA